CCACCCGGACUGUAUUAGUGAGUGCACCAGUGUAAGCUGUCUCGGUCUGGGCUCAUGGUGACCUCCUGGUGAUGGCGAGUUACAGCAGAACAGCCCAGCAAUGGGCAACCUUUGCCAGGUCAUGGUACCUUAUUGAUGGAAAAAUGCAACCUCCAGGAAAAAUCGCAUCUCUCUGCGCUGUCCAUCUUAAAGGGAAACACAAGCCAAUUUACCACGCACUGAGUGACUGUGGGGACCAUGUGGUGGUGGUAAACACCAGACAUAUUGCAUUCUCAGGAAAUAAAUGGGAGCAGAAGGUGUAUUCCUCUCACAGUGGUUACCCAGGAGGUUUCAGACAAGUGACUGCUGCAGAACUUCAUCGAAGAGACCCAACAGCAAUUGUGAAAUUGGCUAUAUAUGGAAUGCUACCAAAAAACCUGCACAGACGAACAAUGAUGGAACGAUUGCACCUCUUUUCUGAGAACGAUAUUCCUGAAGAAAUUCUGAAGAAUCUUGUUACAGAAAUCCAGCAACCGAGGAAAAUCCCCAAGAGACUGGAUGAAUACUCUAGGGAGGAAGUCGAUGCGUUUCCCAGACUUUGGACUCCGCCUCCAGACUUUUUAAUGAAAUAACGAAUGCAGAAGAUGCCCAGUUGUCAACAAAAACUACCAAGGAUAAACAACGUCAAAAAACCAAGAGCUACACAAUUCCUGUUCUAGACCUCCGUUAAUGUUUAUUAAAAUACGAGCAUUUUGUGUUAAUAAAAUUUUGAAUAUGUC